UAUGGUGGUGGUAGUGUGAUGGUCUGGGGCUGUUUUGCUGCUUCAGGACCCGGAAGACUUGCUGUGAUAAAUGGAACCAUGAAUUCUGCUAUUUACCAAAAAAAAAUUAUAGAACAUCAUAGCAACAGUAAAAUAUGUCGGUGGUAGUGUGAUGGUUUCGGGCUGUUUUGCUGCUUCAGGAUCUGGAAGACUUGCUAGUGAUAAAUGGAACCAUGAAUUCUGCUGUCUACCAAAAAUAUCCCACAACAUCAUAGCAACAGUAAAAUAUGGUGGUGGUAGUGUGACGGUCUGGGGAUUUAUUUUUUUUGCUGAUUCAGGACCUGGAAGACUUGUUGUGAUAAAUGGAACCAUGAAUUCUGCUCUUUACCAAAAAUAAUCAUAGAACAUCAUAGCAACAGUAAAAUAUGGUGGUGGUAGUGUGAUGGUCUGGGGCUGUUUUGCUGAUUCAGGAUCUGGAAGACUUGCUAGUGAUAAAUUGAACCAUGAAUUCUCCUGUUUACCAAAAAUAUCCCACAAGCAACAGUAAAAUAUGGCGGUGGUAGUGUGAUGGUCUGGGGCUGUUUUGCUGAUUCAGGACCUGGAAGACUUCCUGUGAUAAAUGGAAAAAUCCAUCCAUCUGUUGGUGACCUCAAGCUGAAACCAACUUGGGUUCUACAGCAGGACAAAGAUCCAAAACCCAGAAUAUGAAGACCUUGAAAUGGCCUAGUCCAAGUCCUGACCUGAAUCCUAUUCAGAUGCUGUGGAUCAAAAACCUGCAAAAUAUUAUUCCAACGAUGAAAACCAAGGUGUGCCGUCAUUCGAAUCGCCAUGACAGCACCUGGCUUUUUUACCCACCGCACCCACGAGCCAAUGACGGGUCAGCUUGUCAGCAUGUGAAACUUUUGAAUCCCAAUGUUUUCAUCUCUCACAUCACACAGUGGCAAUGGGCUGUAGUUUCCCGGGGCUACACCCACUGCCCUGGUAUUUAAACUCAACCCCCCCCCCCACCCACCCCCUCCAUCCUUUACACCCAGUCCUCUCCGAGCAGCUCAACCAGACGCAGCCUCCUUCCCACAGGAGCCAGUAGACCCAAAUCCGUACAACUGGAGUGGACACCAUCUUGUGAAGAACUAACUAUGUCCGUGGAAACUUUCGCCACAUUCUCCUUUCUUCUGCUCAUAAUCUCACUGACAGUGGCCCAGGAUUGCUCCAGACCCUGUGCCUGCCCCGGAGACCCCCCUCCCUGCCCGCUCGGGACCAGCUUGGUGCUGGAUGGAUGCGGUUGCUGUAAAGUGUGUGCCAGGCAGCUGGGCGAGCCCUGUACCCUGCUGGAGCCCUGCGACCACCACAAGGAGCUCUACUGUGACUACGCCUUGCUGAGUGACACCGACACCGGCAUCUGCAUGGCUCAGGAGGGUCAGCCAUGUGACUUGGGGGGCAUCAUCUACCACAGCGGAGAGUCCUUCCAGCCCAGCUGUAAACACCAAUGCGUGUGUAUGAACGGCGAGAUCGGUUGCGUGCCGACAUGUCCCAGUAAUGUCCGGUUGCCCUCCCCCGAUUGUCCGUACCCUCGCUCCAUCCGAAUCCCAGGAAAGUGCUGUGAAGAGUGGGUGUGUGACCAGACGCCGCUAGACCACCACUACCAGUCAGUGAUGGGCGAGCCUUCUCAGAUUCAACCUGUGCCGUCCUCACAACCCAUCCCGGGAUUCACCGAAAUGUCCUUCCAUGCAUCGGAAGCGGAGAGUCCCAGAGAUAACUGCAUCGUCCAGACAACCGAGUGGAGUGAAUGCUCGGCCACAUGCGGAAUGGGGGUCUCAUCCCGCAUCACCAACGACAACCAUGGAUGCCAACUGGGAAGACAGACCAGGAUCUGCAUGAUCAGACCUUGCAACAUCCACCAGGAGAAAGAAAUUAAGAGGGGAAAAAAAUGUGUUCGGACACCGAAAACCCAACAAGGAAUGCGUUUCGAAUUAUCAGGCUGCUCCACCACCAGGACGUACAAACCGAAGUUCUGCGGCGUUUGCACCGACAACCGAUGCUGCACGCCUCACGUCACCAUCACCGCCGAGGUAGAGUUCCGUUGUCCGGAAGGAGACGUCUUUAGGAAACAGAUGAUGUUUAUAAAAACGUGCUCCUGUCAUUACGACUGUCCACGAGACAACGACAUCUUUCUGGCGUCCAACACGCGGAAAAUGAUCGGCGAUUACGACCGCCAUAUUUGAUAUUGGUCCUUUGAAAGGCUUUUUUUGCACUGACGUUCUUACUUUUUUUUUUUUUUUUCCGCCCCCCCCGACUUGACCACUACUCACUAAAAAAGUGAAUUUUAAAGUGGUAUCAAGGAUACGAUUUGUUACUGUAAAUUUUAACAUUUUUUUUGCAUAUUUAUCACUCAGAUCAUUAAAAUUAUAUUAUUAACCCUUAGAUGCAUAAGUGGGUCAAAAAUGACCCGGUCAGGUUGUUUUCUUGAAAUAUCUUUGGAAUGAAAAUUUUUUUAGCAUUUCAUAUUCCAGGUAUUCCUCAAAAAACAUGUUUUUGCUAUGAUACCAUUCAUAUUUUUAACUUACCUUUUAUAAAUUUUAAGAAAUUUUAGUUUUUGUGUUACUACCCCAACCUUCCAUAAGUGGGUCAAAAAUGUUUUUUCCAGGUAUUCCUCAAAAAAAUAUUUUUUUGAUAUCAUGCCAUUCACAUUUUUAACUUAAAUUUUAUACAUUUUAAGAAUUUUUAAUUUUUGUGUUACUACCCCAACCUUCCAUAAGUGGGUCAAAAAUGUUUUUUCCAGGUAUUCCUCAAAAAAAUAUUUUUUUGAUAUCAUGCCAUUCACAUUUUUAACUUAAAUUUUAUACAUUUUAAGAAUUUUUAGUUUUUGUGUUACUACUCCAACCUUCCAUAAGUGAGUCAAAAAUGACCCGGUCAGGUUGUUUUCUUGAAAUAUCUUCAUAAUGAACAUUUUUUAUCAUUUCAUAUUCCAGGUAUUCCUCAAAAAAUAUGUUUUUGAUAUCAUGCCAUUCACAUUUUUAACUUAAAUUUUAUACAUUUUAAGAAAUUUUAGUUUUUGUGUUACUACUCCAACCUUCCAUAAGUGAGUCAAAAAUGACCCGGUCAGGUUGUUUUCGUGGAAUAUCUUUGGAAUUAAAAUUUUUCAUAAUUUCAUAUUCCAGGUAUUCCUCAAAAAUCAUGUUUUUGAUAUCAUGCAUUCACAUUUUUAACUCAAAUUUUAUACAUUUUAAGAAUUUUUUGUUUUUGUGUUACUACCCCAACCUUCCAUAAGUGGGUCAAAAAUGACCCGGUCAGGUUGUUUUCUUGAAAUAUCUUCGUAAUGAACGUUUUUUAUCAUUUCAUGCCAUUCACAUUUUUAACUUCCCUUUUAUACAUUUUAAGAAAUUUUAGUUUUUGUGUUACUACCCCAACCUUCCAUAAGUGGGUCAAAAAUGACCCGGUCAGGUUGUUUUCUUGAAAUAUCUUCAUAAUGAAAUUUUUUUAUCAUUUCAUAUUCCAGGUAUUCCUCAAAAAACAUGUUUUUGAUAUCAUGCCAUUCACAUUUUUAACUUAAAUUUUAUACAUUUUAAGAAAUUUUAGUUUUUGUGUUACUACCCCAACCUUCCAUAAGUGGGUCAAAAAUGACCCACAUGCAUUUUCAGUGGAAUCCAAUAGGAACCUUUGAUUCUUAUCAACUUAUUAACUCCUAAAUAUAAUACUAAAUAUCAUACAAGUGAUUAUUCCUAACCAAAAUGGCAAAAUUAGCAUAAAAACGCACUGAUUCCAGUAUGGGUCAUUUUUGACCUACUUAUGGAAGAGUGUAGGGUCCAGUCACUCGUGCAUCUAAGGGUUAAGAAAGAAAAAUAAUCCAAAGUUACAUGGCUCUGUGUAGCAACAACUGCAAUCAAGCGUUUGUAAUAACUUGCAAUGAGUCUCUUACAGCAACGUGGACGAAUUUUGGCCACAGCAUCUGAAUAGGGUUCAGGUCAGGACUUGGACUAGGCCUUUCCACAGAAAUUAUAAAAGCCAAUGAAAAAAAAAUGUAGCUGUGGAGCUACCUUCCAAAUUGCCUUGACACCAUCUUGCCAUAGAGUCCGAUAAUUAUGCUACAUGGCUACGAGCUACAUGGAACAACUGUAAUCAAGCGUUUGUAAUAACUUGCAAUGAGUCUCUUACAGCAACGUGGCGGAAUUUUGGCGGAUAAAAGCCAAUGAAAAAAAUGUAGCUGUGGCGCUACCUUCCAAAUUUCCUUGACAACAUCUUACCAUAGAGUCCGAUAAUUAUGCUACAUGGCUACAAGCUAUAUGGAACAACUGCAAUCAAGCGUUUGUAAUAACUUGCAAUGAGUCUCUUACAGCAACGUGGCGGAAUUUUGGCCACAGCAUCUCAAUAGGAUUCAGGUCAGGACUUGGACUAGGCCUUUCCACAGAAAUUAUAAAAGCCAAUGAAAAAAAAUGUAGCUGUGGCGCUACCUUCCAAAUUGCCUUGACACCAUCUUGCCAUAGAGUCCGAUAAUUAUGUUUAUUAACUCAUAUUUAGCUCCAUUUCAGACUCUACGCUCUUGUUUACGUUUUUUUGUUUAGUCAAAGAGAUGAUUGCACUUAUUUGUUUAAAAUAAUAAUAAUAAUAAUAUUAAUGGUGAGUGAUACAGCAUGUAUGCUGUCUUUUCCACUUUGGAAUUUUGAUGUACCUUGACUAAUAAUUUGACAACAUGGCCACAUUUUGGCUACAUCCAGACAAGAAAAGGCAGAAAAAUACUUAUGAAAUUGACAAAAUAGCCACAAGCGUGUGGAGAUGCUGACAUUACUUAUUUUUUGUUGACGUUGUUAUGCCAUAAAUGUUAUGCAAGUUGAUUGUUUACGGCGUAUUUAAAAACAAACAAAGAGAAAAUGGGGUAAUCAGUUGGGUAAACAUACUAUAUGUGAAUAUUUGAAGACUGUACAGAUUUUGUACUGUAAUUUAUGUUUUACUCUGUAUGGUAUUGUUUGUUCUUCACUGUAACUACCUGACAAAGAUACUGACUUCCUGUCUAUUGCACUCUUGCCUCUUCUCCAAUAAAGAAAGUAUAUUUUUAUACGUACGCACAAUGUUGGUC